AUGUCCUUCAUGGUUCUAGCGAAUGCUUUGCAGAUGCACGCCGAGGACAUGAGUUCACUGCUCGCUAGUCACACAAUGAUGUCUUCGAUCGCGAACGCGGCUCUGAUGGAUACGAACAACCCUCUGCCUCUGAGUCCUGACGGUCAGAAUUCACAUUCACAAAUGGAAUCACAAGAAACCGCAGAUGAACUAACCGGCGUGAAUUUCAUUGCAGGAUCAAAAGCUUGGCAUAUGCGACUUACAUUCGAACGUCUUCAGGGCGGUUGUAAUUUGCACCGUUGCAAACUGUGCGGUAAGGUGGUGACGCACAUUCGUAACCAUUACCACGUGCAUUUUCCUGGUCGAUUCGAAUGCCCGCUGUGUCGUGCGACAUACACUAGAAGCGAUAACUUACGCACGCACUGCAAGUUCAAACACCCGAUGUUCAAUCCGGACACCCGGAAGUUCGAGAAUCUGCUGACGAGCUCGGCAAACAAUGGUAACAGUGGCGCAUCGACGCCGACGCCGACGCCUACGCCGACACCGACGUCGGUCAGCACGUCGGCGGCGUACGCGCGCAGCGCCCCAGCAUCCGGCAAUCUGAGCGAGAGCCUGGAUUGAUUGAGACUGAAUUUUUUUGAAUUAUGUCAAUGGAUACGUCCGCACUACUAUCAUCCGAAUCUGCCGUGAUACUGUUGAAUUGAACGGUGCUCGCUCGCUCGCUAAACCCAAACGGUUUCAUUUUUAGGAAUUUUCGCGAUGGCGCGAGCAGCUUCGCUCAUCACUCAUAUUGACAUGAAUCAAAAGAAUUCGUUUUGCGCAAUUCACUAACUCAACCAUAUAAACAUUCUUCUCGAACAAAUACAGCGAUAUUAUGUAUGAAGUACAUAAAAUGAUUAAAGUAUAAUAGCUAAAAUUAAAUUUAAUAUUCAUGUUACAUACCUAUAUGCCGAGCUUAU